AUUUGAUAAUGAUUAUUUUUGGACAUCGAUUGAUAGAAUUUCAAAUAACAGUACCUAUAGAAUAACAAAUUUGAUCCAGCCUUAUUAUUAUGUUUAGGUGACUUUACUUUAAGUUGAUUCAUCUUUUAUAUUGAUUUAUGAUUAAGGUUAAGCUCCAUAAUUAAACAAAUCUAAUGGUGAUUACAUCAGGUACAACUUAAAUUUGAAGAUUAGUUAUUACGAGAAGAGAAGAACAAGGUUCCUAAAAAUUGAAACAAAUGGUAAACAAAUAUUCAUUUCAGCAUAUUCUAAUAAUAAUAGAGGGAAUUAUAAUAUAACUAUAUGGGGUAGCAAAAUAGAGUAUUGUGAUAAUAAUUGCUCAAAUAAUGGGAAAUGCACAGUAAAUAUAAAUUCUAUAAAAUAUUGAUGGAUGUGUAUGUUACUCUGGUUAUGUAGGUUCUGAUUGUCAUUAAGCAGCUUUAGAAAUUUAGAAUGAGUACGAAAGUAUCUCCUUUUAUAGAGAUGAGAUUAAAUUCUUCUAUUUAAAAAUAAAUAAAUAAGAAGACAUGGAUAUACAAUUGAAUCUACAGGUAAAUAAUAAAUAUAAAUUAGUCUGAUAGUUUUUAAGGAUUGGAAGUUAUAAUGCAACUAACUAAUGCAAUAAUUAUUCCAACCCAAAUUCCUUUUUUUGGUGAAGAGAUCUUGAUAAAAAAAUACAAAAUAUAUGAAUCUUAACCUUAAAAAGUAAUAAUAAGAUAUAAGGGUUCUAAUCAACUUGAUAGAGAAACUUAUUAGUAAAUUGUUUUUGUUGCAAAAUAAUUAAAUGAAAAUUUAACUGUAUUAGCAAGCACAUUAACAAUACAUUAUUAAGAGUUUGAAUAUUAAGAAAGCACAGUUUCUAUAGUUGUUAUUAUUAUAAUAGUAGUUGCCAUAUCAGCAGCAGUGAUAAUAAUUAUGAUUUUGUUUUUUGUAUGUAAAAGUAUUAGAAAGAAAAAAAUGUUAAGAACUCAAGCAAGGUUAAGAAUGGCUAGAUUAGAUGCUUAAUCACCUAAUCAAAAUGGUUUAUAUUAAGAUUAAGAAAACCUCUUUGAUCUUUUGACUCCUAUUCAAUUUACUGAUUUAACAAACUAAGAUAAUUGUGCCAUCUGUUUAGAUAAUUUAAAUAAUGGUUAAGAAGUCAGAUAAACGCAUUGCCAGUAUCAAAUAAUAUAUUAAAUUAGUCAUAAUUUUCAUUCUAAAUGUAUUAAAGAAUGGUUUUCAAAAAAUAAAAAAGAAUGUCCAGUCUGUAGAACAAACUUAGCCAACAAAGAUCUUUAGGCCAAUAUUAUUCCUAAUAAAUGA